AUGGUUAGGGCUCCAUGCUGCGAUAAAACGGGCCUGAAGAAAGGCUUGUGGACUGCGGAAGAAGAUCAAAUUCUCAUCAACUUCAUCACCCAAAAUGGGCAUCCCAAUUGGCGGGCACUUCCCAAACAGGCCGGAUUGUUGAGGUGUGGAAAGAGUUGUCGUCUCCGGUGGAUGAACUACUUGCGCCCCGAUAUUAGGAGAGGGAAUUUUACCAAACAAGAGGAGGAUUCUAUCAUUCAAUUGCAUGCACAAUUGGGAAAUAAAUGGUCUGUGAUUGCAUCAAGAUUGUCGGGGCGGACAGAUAAUGAGAUAAAAAAUGUUUGGCACACUUACUUGAAGAAACGAGUCGCCAGAAAAUAUCAACCCCAACCGCAAAUCAAGACCGGAGAAGUUGAAUACUCAUCUAAUCAGUAUUGUCAACAAGUGGAGCUCAGCAUGCCGGGGGAAUCCCUCAGUGAGGUCUCAUCGGCCAUCAUUUCCGACGAUGCUCUGAUGUCGAAUUUGUUAUACAAGUGGCCGGAGAUGGGUGAGAGUUUCUGGUUGGAGGUUUUUCCGGUGGAGGAAUGGAGUGACAUUAGUGAUUUCUCAUCUGGCUAUAACCAUCCUGAUCAACUUCGUUUUGCUGACUCGGAAUUAAAUAUGGAAGAUUGCAGUGUUUGGUCGGAUGUGUUUAAUAAGGCCAAUGAAUUAACGGAACUUAUUUGA